AAGUUCGAGACCGCACAAAUUUCUGUAGGAAUGAGACGCUGCGGCAUUUUUCAACCAAGAACUUCUUACUUGGUAACAUUGCCUCAGCACCAUGCUCUCAAAAAACUCUCUCAUAUUGCAGAGAAGACUUUCCUCAAGAGUUUCUCCAAUAGAAAUAUCUACUCUAAGCAAUGGCUUGCGUAUUGUCACAGAUUCCAACCCGGGCCAUUUUAGCGCACUUGGAGCAUAUGUGAACACUGGAAGCAGACAUGAGACAAAUAAAUGUAGUGGUAUCUCUCAUAUGCUCGACGUCAUGGCUUGGAAGUCUACCAAUCGAAGGUCUGGUGUGCAGAUGAUGGAGGACUUGGCGAAAUUGGGUGGAAACUAUAUGUGUGGCGCUCAGAGAGAACUGAUCAUAUACCAGUCGUCUGUAUUCAACAAAGAUACAGAAAAAAUGUUCGAGUGUAUCGCUGAAACCAUUAAAGAGCCCAAGCUAUCUGAGGCCGAAUUUGAAGAAGCCAAACUUACUGGCGCUUACGAGCUAGAGGAGUUAUCCCACAAACAUGAUAUGCUUUUACCGGAAGUCUUACACGAGGCUGCAUAUUCCAAACAAAGCUUGGGAAUGCCUAUUCAUGGCACAAUCGAAUCGUUGAAUAGGCUUUCUGUUGGCGAUGUGAGACAGUUUCAUGAAACAUAUUACUCUCCGAAGAAUGUUGUAUUGGCUAUGGUCGGGGUUGAUCAUUUGCAGGCAGUAAAAAUGGCAGAAAACUACUUGGGCGGUUGGCAAGAGGUAGCCAGAGCCAAUGAUGUCACCAAACCACUAGCACAGUAUCAAGGAGGAGAAAUCAGCCUUCCAUACCAAGAACCUCGAUUCUCUAAUCUCCCCAAGCUUGUUCAUAUGCAAAUAGCCUUCGAAACAGAAGGCCUCUUGAGCCAUGAUUUGUAUGCUUUAGCAACUUUGCAAAAGCUUCUUGGAGGUGGCCUGUCAUUUUCAGCUGGUGGGCCCGGAAAAGGAAUGUUUCUGAGGUUAUUCAAAGUAUUGAAUCAAUACCCGUUUGUGGAGAAUUGCAUGGCCUUUAAUCAUGCUCAUAGCGAUUCUGGACUUUUUGGUAUAACUAUAUCUUGCUAUGCAGAGCAUGCAGAAUAUAUGGCACAAGUGGCGUGUCACGAGUUUGCGAAAGUAAUGGAGUCAAACUCCUCAAGAGAUAGUAUUUCCCAUCACGAGUUCAAGCGUGCAAAAAACCAACUCAUCUCAUCUCUUUUGAUGAAUGUUGAAAGUAAAUUGGCCGCCCUAGAGGACAUUGGAAGGCAAGUACAAUGCCAAGGAAAAGUUACUAGCGUUGAUGAGAUGGUGCAGAAAAUACAGGCUUUGGAUAUCGCAGACGUUCAAGCUGUGGCUCAAAAGGUGUUUGGAGGGAAUGGAAAUGGUUCCAGAUCUGGAAGACCCUCUGUGGUCAUGCAAGGAGAAAGAUCGUCUAUUGGAGAUGUUGAGUUUGUUUUGAAGCACUUUGGAUUAGGGCGUUAGGAUACACCAGAACCAUGAAGAUAAUUCAAAAUGUAGAUUAUAUAUGAUCUACAG